UUACAAGCACCAGUGUCCCGCCGUUCUCCAUACUCUGCCGUAAAAAGCAAAAGCCAGCCGGAAACCGCAGUCGGAGUUUGUCGCCGACAGCCGCACAACAGAUACAAAGACAACACACCAGAAAUAUUCUCCAUAGCAAAGCGAUUUCGCGAUUGAAAGCAUAGAUGAAGGUUAAGAAGCAAAAAAGGCAUAGGAAGAGUUUAACGUUUUACACUGCAUGUUUUGGUUUCCAUAAGCCUUACAGAGUUCUUUGUGAUGGAACAUUUGUUCAUCACCUUGUUGCCAAUCGUAUAACUCCGGCUGACACGGCUCUUGCCAAUAUUCUUAGUUCUCCUGUCAAGCUUUACACAACAAGCUGUGUUUUAGCCGAGUUGAAAAGGCUUGGUAAAUCGUAUUCUGAGGCUCUUAAGGCAGCUAAGAAUCUUAUAAUUGCAAGGUUAAGCAAUUCUCUAUCUUUCUAUAUAGUAUAUACAAAUACUGCUUACUACAUUUGCUGGAUAACAAGUGCUUUAACAAACCUUAUGAUAGAUGUGCACGAUGAAUGAUACCUGAUUGUGUAG